AUGGUUAAAACUUUAUUUGGAUUAUGCCUUUUACUUGUUUUGGUUUAUGCAGAUGCUGCAAAGUCAAAUAUUAAUUUUAAUGAGAAAUGUCAGGCUCUUAAUUGUAAUGCAGAGACAGAGAUCUGUCGUAUAAAUCCAAAAUGCGAUGAUAGUAAUCAAGAUGAUGUCUCGAAUUGUGUCUAUUGUAGUUUAAAAGAUGAUUUAAACCAAAAUAAGGUUUCUAAAACUUUACUUGCGUCAUCAGUAUCACAACAACAACAACAGCAACCACCAUUAGCACCUCGUCUAUUAGCUAAAUCGGGCGGUACAAGAAUACUUGCUGACAAUCGUGGUAGUCUAUCAUCGUCUACGACGACUCCAAUAGUAACAGCGAGUACUAACAAGAAUAAAACAGCUGACGAUUUAUCGUAUGAUGAUUACUAUGAGUACGACGAAGAUGAAACAUCGGACAAAAAUACAUUUGGCGAAGAAGAUGAAUAUCUUGAUGAUUAUGCAGAACCAUUAGACUCUGUCGUUAAAGGUAUGGAACCUAUUCGCAAAUUAGGCGUUUGUCCAAAAGUUCUUGAUGCUACUGGUAAUUGCGAUCCAACCGAAAUUAUUCAAUCCGAUUGUCGUUUUGAUACGGAUUGCCCGGGCGAUAAUAAAUGCUGCGAUACAGCCUGUGGAAAACGCGUCUGUUUAGCUUCCAUAACAACGAGUAUUUCGGUUUGUCCAUCAUCAUUUACUUGUAAACUUAAUUGUCACCUUGGAUAUCGAACUGACUCGAAUGGAUGUCUUUUAUGUGAAUGUCAAUCGUGUCCGCCAAUGGAACAAUGCAAUAAAAAUUGUCCUUCGGGUUAUUUAAAAGAUUUAUUCGGUUGUAAUAUAUGUGAAUGUAGUGAUCAAUGUCCACCGUUUUCAUGUGGUCUUUUGUGUCCAGCAGAUGUUGGCUUUGCAAAAUCUGCGGAUGAUUGCCCACUAUGUCAAUGUGCAACCGCAAAAUCAAAACCAACAGAAUACACAACAUCUUGUCAAAGCGACGUGCAUUGCCCUCCAGGUUUUCGAUGUCUUAAUGAUGCACGUAAUGUGCCCAUGUGUCAAGCAGAUAUUCACCAGGUUUCGACAUUUAUACAAUCAGCAAUAGUUUCGGCACCUAUUGCACCGCCAGCAGCAACAAAAGAAUGUCCUAACGAUUUAGCUGCUACUUGUGAUCUCCGAUGUCAAAAUGGAGAUUACGUACUUGACACGAAAGGAUGUCCAACAUGUGCGUGUAUUUCAAACGCAUCAGUACAACGCGUCGGACGACCACCAAUAAAAUGUCCCUUAUAUAAAUGUCGAGCUAACUGUGGGCUUGGUGGCUAUGUCGUAGAUGAAAAAGGUUGUCAAACAUGCAAAUGUACAUCAACAAGUACAAAUGAUGUUGUACCAAAACCAUCUGUAGACUGUGGAGCACGUCCUAUGUGCCGUAUGUUUUGUGAAAAUGGUUUUCGUCGUGAUGAAAAUGGAUGCGAAAUCUGUCAAUGUAAUGAUUCUCCACAAGCAUGCCCAGUGAAAAUUUGUCAAAAUACAUGUUUACAUGGCUAUAGAAAAGAUUACAGCGGUUGUCAAACAUGCCAAUGUGAAUGUUCAUCAAUAACCUGCGCAAAUAAUUGUACAAAAGGCCCGAAGAAAGAUGAAAAUGGUUGUCCUACAUGUUCAUGUGUCGAUGAUGAAAUAAAACAAAUUACUGAUGGUGAUUGUCCAUUACAAAAAUGCAAAAUGUUCUGUAUGUAUGGCUAUAAGAAGAAUAGUGCUGGCUGUGAAUUAUGUGAAUGUGAUUGGGCACCUGUGGCAGAAAAUAUUCAAUGUAGCACGAGAAUUCCAUGCACAGGCAGUCGUGUAUGCAAUUCGAAAUUGAAACUAUGCGAAUUAGUAAGCGCCGACAAAGUUAAUUGGUUUGUUUUUGAUUUUGAUGUUGCCACGGAUUUAUUUCAAGAUAAAAAAUUUGUCCUUGCUUUUAAAAACGGCUUAAUUAAUAAUAUUGCUACAAAAUAUGAAUUAGAACCUUCGCAAAUAACUAUAUCAUCAGUUGAACAUUAUGGUAUGACAUCAUUUCAAGUAAUGCCUUUCUAUUCGGAGAAUAUGGAUGAUUUUCAAAAGAAAAUGGAUCAAAUUGAUAAUGAUUUAAAUUCAUAUGAAUUUCGAAAACUUUUACCAGCUGUCGUACGUGCAGUUGACAAAGAUACAAAUAUUGGACGUGAUUCAAAAUGGAGUCGUUAUGUAAGAAAAAAUCCACGUCUUACACUUUACAUUGCUGCCAUCUUACUUGGAUUGACGGCAAUUAUUUUUGCUGGAGUAUAUGUUCUCAUAUUCCGCCAACGUGUCAAGUAUCCAGGCCGUUCAGAAUCAAAAACACCUAUCUAUGAUACAUCAUAUCAUCCAGCACCGACAGAAGACGAUCUUUAUCACGCAGUACAUGCACCAGACGGAACAGCAUACGUUGUCGUUGAAAGUGAAGAAAAUCAAGCAUCCAACGAUAAACGAGCACUUGUUUAA